CUGAACAGACGACUCUCAACCGCCGCGAGAGGCGACGCGUGUUGCCGCGUCCACGGCGAUCGUAAACCCCGACGCACGUGUUCCGAAACUCUUAAUAAAAAAAAAACAAUGAACUGGUGUUUAACAAUAAUGCACUACCAAAUGUCAACUAAAACCAAGUGAUGCCAACAAAGAAAAUAAAAACAAAAAGUUUCGCGUGUAAACUUUACGCGAGUGCGUUUACCAAACAAUAACAACUUGUUUAUGAAAUGCUACGUACCAAUUCUGAUUUUCACUGACAAGGUUAAGUUUGUUGAACUUUUUCGCCGGCUUCGCGGCGUGACGUCGGGUGCAGUGCUAACUAGAUUACUUCGAUACGAACCAUGGAUGAGAAUUGAAAAGUGAACAUCAGUGAUCCAGUGAAUAUCCGUUCAACAUAUCUCAGUGUAACGCUUUAUAGUUUUAUUGAACUGCAGUGUACAAGUGUAAGUGGAUUCAGUGUACAAUUGGUGGCAAAAUAAGUGAAAAUGUCGGAGAGAUUUAAGGUGACGAAAUUUGAGGAGCCUACGGGGAAAACUUAUAAGAACUAUGGAGCCACAUCUGCUGAAAGUGACGUUGAGCUGAAGGGGAAACUGCUGCCAGAUUCAGGUGACACCGACGAACAUGGACUGCCGAAGGAAAAGGACAAGGGGUGUGACACCAACCUAUACCUCUAUCAUGAAGAACUCGAAGAUCGCCCGCGAGCGUCGACGUUCCUCAGCUCGUUGGCGGACUACUCCAACACCAUCCCGACAGCUUCCACGGGCGACCCAGACGUGGCUAAGCCAGCGCCUCCCGCCCGCAUGGGCACGCUCAUCGGCUGCUACCUGCCCUGCAUCCAGAACAUCUUCGGCGUAAUCCUCUUCAUCCGUCUCACGUGGGUCGUCGGCACCGCCGGCGCUAUCCAAGGCUUCCUGAUUGUCCUAACUUGCUGUUGUACGACGAUGCUUACGGCGAUAUCGAUGUCUGCGAUUGCGACGAACGGCGUAGUGCCUGCAGGCGGGUCCUACUUCAUGAUCGGGCGUUCCUUGGGUCCGGAGUGCGGCGGCGCAGUGGGCAUGCUCUUCUAUACUGGGACCACCCUCGCUGCAGCUAUGUACAUUGUCGGUGCUGUCGAGAUUGUACUGACGUACAUGGCUCCAUGGCUAUCGAUCUUCGGAGAUUUUACCAAAGACCCAGAAGCAAUGUACAACAACUUCCGUGUAUACGGAACCGGUCUUUUAUUGGUCAUGGGUAUGGUAGUGUUCGUUGGAGUGAAGUUCGUCAACAAGUUCGCAACUGUGGCCCUUGCUUGUGUACUGCUCUCCAUCACCGCUGUGUAUGUCGGCAUCUUCGUCAAUUUCAACGGCAAUGAUAAACUUCCAAUGUGUGUACUGGGAAAACGCCUGCUAAAAGACAUCCCCAUCGCCAAUUGCACGAAGAACGUAACAGGAGAUCUUCACAAGUUAUUCUGUCCCAACAGAACUUGUGAUGAGUACUAUCUGUCGCAUAACGUGAGCGUCGUUCAAGGGAUCAAGGGUCUGUCGAGCGGAGUGUUCUUUGAAAACUUACAAGACUCAUUUCUUACACUUGGACAAUACAUCGCUUAUGGCAAAGAACCUGAGGACAUUGAGCAAAUGGAAAGGCCGACCUAUAAUCAAGUCACGGCAGAUUUAACAACUACCUUCACAAUCCUUAUUGGAAUAUUCUUCCCAUCAGUCACAGGUAUUAUGGCUGGGUCCAAUCGCUCCGGAGAUUUAGCCGAUGCUCAAAAGAGUAUCCCAAUUGGUACCAUCUGUGCUAUUCUCACCACAUCCCUCGUAUACCUCUCUUCUGUUUUGCUCUUCGCCGGGACCGUCGACAAUUUACUACUUCGAGAUAAAUUUGGACAAUCUAUAGGAGGAAAACUAGUCGUGGCAAACAUGGCCUGGCCAAAUCAAUGGGUGAUUCUGGUCGGCUCCUUCCUGUCAACUCUUGGUGCUGGUUUGCAGUCCCUGACAGGCGCACCGCGUCUUCUCCAAGCCAUUGCUAAGGACGAAAUUAUACCAUUCCUCGCACCUUUUGCGGUAUCCUCUAGCAGGGGUGAGCCAACAAGAGCCCUCCUUCUCACAAUGGCCAUCUGCCAGUGCGGCAUCCUUCUUGGCAACGUCGACAUCCUAGCUCCUCUGUUGUCCAUGUUCUUCCUUAUGUGCUACGGUUUUGUGAACUUGGCAUGUGCUCUCCAGACUCUAUUGAAGACUCCCAACUGGCGCCCGCGAUUCAAAUACUAUCAUUGGUCUUUGUCACUUGCGGGAUUAACUCUUUGUAUCUCGAUUAUGUUCAUGACUUCUUGGUUCUACGCUCUUAUUGCCAUGGGCAUGGCUGGUCUCAUAUACAAGUACAUUGAGUAUCGAGGUGCAGAGAAAGAGUGGGGUGAUGGCCUGCGGGGUCUUGCCUUAUCAGCCGCUCGCUAUUCCCUUCUACGUCUUGAAGAGGGACCUCCUCAUACCAAGAACUGGCGACCACAAGUAUUGGUGCUAGCUAAAUUGAAUGAUGAACUGAAACCUAAAUAUCGAAAGAUGCUUUCCUUUGCCAGUCAACUCAAAGCUGGCAAGGGCCUUACCGUAUGUGUAUCCGUAUUGGGAGGAGACUUCACUCGUAGGGCAGGAGAUUCUACAACAGCUCGGCAAAACUUGCGGAAAUGUAUGGAGGAAGAGAAAGUAAAGGGUUUCGUUGACGUGCUUGUAUCGCAUAAUAUUGCUGAUGGACUGAGUCAUUUCGUCCAAACAACAGGCUUGGGUGGUUUGAAGCCGAACACGGUGAUUGUAGGGUGGCCUUAUGGCUGGAGACAAUCGGAGGACGAGCGCACGUGGCAUGUCUUCUUGAACACCGUCCGAGCCGUCACUACAGCCAGAAUGGCGAUGCUGGUUCCAAAGGGAAUUAAUUUCUUCCCCGAUUCAACUGAAAAGAUAUCAGGCAACAUUGACAUCUGGUGGGUGGUGCACGACGGUGGCAUGCUGAUGCUGCUGCCGUUCCUGUUGAAGCAGCACCGCUCGUGGAAGAAUUGCAAGACGCGCAUCUUCACCGUCGCCCAGAUGGAAGACAACUCUAUCCAGAUGAAGAAAGACCUCAAGAUGUUCCUGUACCAACUCCGUAUCGAAGCUGAAGUCGAAGUUGUUGAAAUGACGAACAACGACAUUUCUGCUUACACCUAUGAACGCACCCUAAUGAUGGAACAACGAAACCAGAUGCUGCGUGAACUCAGGCUUAACAAAAAGGAAACCCUCGGAAUGGUACAGGCUAUAGUAGACCACCACCACGCGGAUGUGAAGACGGCCAGCAAAGUGAGAUUUGCUGAACCAGGCGCUGAGCAGCCACCUGAGAGCGAGGCUCCGUCUCCCCCACUCUCUGACAACGAGGACAAGGAGAAAGAUGACAAGUGCGAUGACGCCCCCCCACCGCCCGAGGACAAGCCGCCGGCCAACCCCAACGGAGACGCGCUCAAACACAAGCCGAACCUUACCAACAUCACCCCUGACGAGGCUACAGUGCGGCGGAUGCACACGGCCGUGAAACUGAACGAGGUGAUCGUGUCCCGGUCACAUGACGCACAACUAGUCAUACUCAACCUGCCGGGUCCGCCGCGCGACUCCAAGCUCGAGAGAGACUCCAACUACAUGGAGUUCCUGGAGGUGCUGACGGAGGGGCUGGAGAAGGUGCUGAUGGUGCGCGGCGGCGGGCGCGAGGUCAUCACCAUCUACUCGUGAACGCGUGCGCGCCUCUCGCGCCCUGCGCGCCCCCCGCCGCGCCUCACUCUCUAUGGCAAUACUAAUUUUACUAAACAAGUCUCUAAACUGUUAGUGCAAGCGCCCCCGUGCGCCCUUAUGAAAAGUCUUUGUGAUUUUAUCGUAACUAUUAGUGCUCUUGUUUGAACGCUCCGAACGGACCGUUUCGUAACGUUAUCGCAUAAUCGCUCUCGAAAGACUGCCGAGACGAACACUUUCUAGUUCCAUUAUAAAUAUUGUAUUUUCUUACAAUUAUGAAUAUUAUAUUGACGUUCGUUUGACUUGUAAAUGUUAGCUUAGUUCUAAAUAUUUUGUUAAAUUUGCUGCUUAGAGUGAUGAUUUACGAAAUUUAUUCACUGUUGUAUAGAUAUGUAUGAAAAAAUGUAUGAAUCUAAUGAGGAGCCUUACUAUCGGAUGUUAGCUCUAAGUUUGUUCUGUUAUUACUUAGGUUAGCUAAGCGUAUUAUUUAGGUAUCUAAGGGUAUCUGUUGCCGAUAUGCCAUAUCGUUUAUAAUUUGGUCGUAAUACGGCCGCCGUAGCGUAGCUCAUGAUUUGUGACUUUUAGUAUGUAAUUUCUUUUUUCUACCAGUGUUGAAAUCUUAGAUACUUUAUAAGCGAUAUACAUUUAUUAAAGGAAACCAUGAAGAUUUUUAUCUAUAUAAAAACGUAUUUUGUAAAUAAUUAUUAAUUAUGUUCUAAGACUUCUAUAUCUGCUCAACUUAAAACUUACCGGACUGAGAGUGGAGUAAUAUUCUGAUUUUCAUAUUUCCUGGAUGUAGAAACAGGCUGUUGGUGUAACAGGCCAUGUCUAGUCAUUUGUUAAUUAUAUAAUACCAUAUGAACAAACCUGAUAAUAUUGCAUUUGUUAAUCAAAAAUCGAACUAUUUCAGAUAUAAUAAGACGUAAAUUGCCGAAACAAGAUAAAUACUUAGGUAAUUUUCAGUUCGUCUACUUUCUAAAAUCGUAGACAAAACACGCGUCUUUUUAAUUACACUCUUUUAAAUAAAGUAGACGAUUUCAUAAAUCCCCCCUCAGGGUUUUAUGGUGAGUAGAUUUAAGUAAAUAGUAUGUAAACGCUAAGGGGAAAGUACCUAUAGAACAUAGCGAUAGGCGGCAGUGGAGCUAAUCCAGGAUCGUUCAGAAAUGGCUGUUAAGCAGGUACGAAUUUAUUUAAAGUGACUUUUCCCCGUCGCAAUUAACUCUAGUGUCUAACUUGGAAACUUAUUACGCACAUUCGCGUAGGUAGAUGAAUUCUUACUGUGAUCGUUUGUAUAAAAAGUUUUGUCCUGGACUUUCACCUACUUAAAUUCAAUACAACCACGAGCUGCCAGUGACUAGAAAAAAAAACGCCGACAUUUCAUUUUUUGUCUAAGAGCGAAAACAUUUCGAGUUAUAAAAACAACGCAGUCACAAGCACCUUGCAAAGUGACAGAGGAAUUUAAAUAUUCAGUGUAACAAUGUAACACCAAAUGAAUUGUAAAAUGUUCAAUACAUUAAAGUUUAUCUUAAA